AUGGCAGUGGGAAAUAAUUCUGGUAAUGGUGGAAACGAUUUGAAUGAAGUUGUGAGACAAUUAGCAGUUGUAGCCCAGCAGUUGGCAAGGAAUUCAGCCACCAAUGGGGAUGCUCAAGGAGAACUUUUUAAGAAGGUGGCCCAAAGAAAACCACCAACCAAUCAAGGAGAGCCUGACCCUACCAUAUUGGAAAAUUGGUUAAGGGAGUUUGAGAAACUAUUUAGGGCAGUUGGGUGCCCAGAAAAUUCUAAGGUGGGUUGUGCUACUUAUUACUUGAGAGGUGAAGCUGAUCUUUGGUGGCAGCAAAAUGAAACAACUAUUACAGCGCUACCUGGAUUAAAUUGGACUAAGUUCCAAGAAAAGAUGAGAGACAAGUUUUACCCUAGCUUCUUACAGAAGCAAAAUGAUGAGGAAUUCUCGAACCUCAAAGUUUAUAGAGCUGUCUCGUUUUGCUGA